GGCUUCGGUCCUUGUUUGGAUCGACUAUACAUUUUUUUAGGCCCUAAGGUCAUCUGUUAACAGCUCGAUUGUUGGGGCGGUUUGAUUCUGCUUGUUAGAAUGCCGCCGGAUAGAAUUUUCCCACCUUCCCUCUGCUUUUUCAAGGUAACAGCCGUCUCUCUCUCUCGCCGCUCCAUCUAACCGAUUGUUAGGGAAAGCUGCUGUUCUUCCUCCUUGCUUUACCUGGCUGUAUUCAAGUUGAUCUCAUUAAUCGGUACCUUUGGCCUCAGCAUGAAUUAUUCUGCAGGAGGCUGUUACCUUUGUUAACAUGUGAGACUCACUAUCUCUAGAAUGUGGUGGAUGACACACAAAUCAGGAACGGAGAAGGGAUGGAAUUGAAUCAAUUCAUUCAUAACAUCCUAUUGGAGAGAAAUAUAUGCUUCAUACAUUGUCCUGAUAUAGGUGUACUCAGGAAAACCUUCAUAUGGGAGACUCCUGUUUCCUGCCUUCUACAAGAAAUUUUCUAUAGAUAUGUUUAUAUUUUUAAUCACUAAUCAUUGUAGCAAUAUUUGAUAUUUGUUUGUGGAUAAGUUUUGAAAGGCACUUCUUUGAAACAAUAUGCUUUCAAGUUUUAAAGGCAUGUAUCUUUCACAUAAUAAAUAAACUGUUAUUGAUAUCGCCAUGUCUUUGUAAACUGAGUCAAAUUAACUCGAAGACACUAUCUUUUUCAUUCUCCCGUAGAUAAUAACCCUUCUGCGUCAUCAGAUUCUGUGGUAGCAAUCAACCUUCAACUGCGUUGCUUCUUGCUUGUGUGACAGUAAAAGAGGGAUUUCUCAUGUUACCAAUUCCUUUCCAAUUGUUUCUUCUACGAUAACAAGUACUUCCAUUAUAUUGCUUGCCUGAUGAUGAAAAACCAUCACUAGCUUGAUUGCCCUCUUUGAGAUAUCAAGGUGUUCUUGUGGCCCCCUUUUCUAUCGUCAUUACUUAAUUUUAGUCUUGAGAUAUGUUAAGUACAUAUUGUAACUUAUAUUGGUAGUUGAUUUACAUGAAAUGAAGGCUUUUCUUCUGCAUUCUUUUUUUUUAUUUUUUUAAAUAGAAUUAGAAUUUAGAGUGGGAUAUCAUUACAAAUUUUAAGAUUUUAUAGGCAAUGUUUUGCUUAUCUCUAGAACUAAAGUUUUGGGAUGAAAGUUUGCCUUAGUGUGUAUAUAUUUCUUUCCAUAUUUGAAUUUGGCCUGAGAAGGAAGGCAGUGGUGGGGGAUUGAACUAUUAAUAGGUUUCUGUUUACUUCUAUUAAAAUUCAGAACUUGUAUGUAGUUUCAUUUUAAGCAUGACUGCUGGAACAACUAGUGUGUGCUGAAGCCACAAUGGUAAUUUAUUUCACACAUGCAGCAUAUGCAAUGUUAAUCCUUAGUGGUUAAGUUUUGCUCUUUUUUUUUUGGGCUUAAAUCAGUGUGGUGAAUACCAUGCUGUGUUUAGUUUCGAUUUGUAAUUGUGAUUGGGAGGUUAUUGUGAAAGCAUUUUCAUUCUUGAAAUCAGGCUCUUCUGCUUGUUCCUUUGGUCGUCUUGACAGGCAGAUAGAGGGGUCCCUACUGCAGUAAUGAAGUCUAGAAGCAAGUCUACAAAAGAUAAGGAAAUGAAUCACAAAAGCUCAAAGACCAGGAGAUAGAUGGAAGUAAUAAAGAGGAUGAAAAGGAAGUGGAACAGAACCUGGUAUUGAGAGCUUGAAGAAACAGCCUGACAAAGUUUUCGCAUGAAAUUCCCUUCCAUAUUGCACUGAGCGUUGCAUGGUUUACAUUGACUAUGUACCCUUUUUUGUCCAAAUCACUUGCUUUCUCUUUGCAUGGUCUAUAUUGACCUUUAUUUCUUGAUCCUUUGUAUUUCAUUAUUCAUAUGUGGUAGUGGAUGACAAUACCUGGCAAUUGCUGUUUUACCACCCUCUCUUUCAACUCUCUGUAAAUUAAUUUACUUGCAUGUUAAAAGCUCUCUUGUAUAUUCAUAAGCACUUAGACUGUGUCUCUGUUUGAGAAUCAUGUCAUUUUAUGUUCCUGUUUCCAAUUUUCUAAGAGAAGCACUCCAACUGCCACUGUACUAAGUUUGCAAAAGCAUUAUUUUCCAUCAAGAAACACAUACAAUUAUGGAGCCAUUCUUUUCAUUAUCAUGAUGUGCAGUACUCUCCCCAAUAAUACCCAGUGUAAUUACAGUCUUAAAGAUGUGCCAGUUUGUGGAACCAUGAGUAUGAUUAUCAUUACUCAUUUUUUCUUCUCAAAUUAUAAGUAAUCUUCGCUCCCAUUUUCAUUGUGCACAUAAGAGAGGAGCCAUAUGAGAUAAAUAUCUCUUUUAUGGUUCUGGAAUGGAUUUUCUUUGAAUAAAUUUUUUUAGUUCUGUUACAUCUUUCGGAUUAGUUUAACCAUGGGAGUUGCUUUUCUUGCAUAUGAUUUCAAUGUUGAGAUGCUUAAUUUUUGUGUCUAUUUUGUGAAAACUACUCUUGUCCGACUGAAUGGCUCUACCAUUUUUUCGUUUAUCACUUAGAUGAGACGACACAAUAUAUUGAAAAUGGAAGUGACCUUCUUAUAAUGUCAACAUGAGAAAAUCUGAUAACUCAUAGUUGUAUUUGUCUUCACUUGUCACUUCGGCUGAAUUAGUGAAUUAGUUUAUUCGUAGUGAGUUCAACUGCAGCUGGUCAAGGUUCUAACUUGCUUGAGCAAAACCAUUGACUCAGAUAGUUUUUUUGGGUUUUAUUAUUUUUCCUUAAUAGUUAAAAGAAGUCCUUUUUUAAUAUUUCUUGGGAUUUUGUCAGAGCAGUUAGCGGGCAGCUGUCAUGAAACCUCGAAGUUCCUCUAUUAUUCAAUAGAAUAUGAGCUUAGCCACUGUGAAAUCAAAAGCAAUUCUUGUUUAAUCAGUCAACUCUGAAACCUGAAGGCACCUUUCAGAAACAUAAAGAAGCUCUUUAGUGAUCAUGGAUGGUGUCAUCUCGGCCAGGCUUUUGAAGAUGGACAGAUCAAAGCAAGUAUAAAGGAUAAUAACAAGUAAAAUAGAGAUGAAUUAACACAAAGGCAAGCUGUUCCUUCAAUGAUUUUGAAUUCUCAGAUGGUGACUUAUUAAUUAUGCAAUCUGCACGCAUCACUGUCACAUUCUUGUUAGAAGUUCUUGGUGAGAUCACUAGGGCUAUAGUUGCAUUUUCUUUUUUCAAAAUAUAGUGUUAAUCAUUUAUUCCUUGGAUAGGUGACGUUUGCUUGUAUCAAAUUAUAAUUUGUUUAUUAUCUCAAAACGUAGACUUUCUUCGCUCUGUUUCUCUAUUUAAUCUAACUGCAAACAAAGAUCAUAUGUCAUCUUCCAACUGAGAAAAUUUCCAUGGCUGAAAAAAGCAAGAUUUUGGUGAUUGGAGCAACUGGUUAUAUAGGAAAAUUCAUAGUAGAUGCAAGUGCCAAACUGGGUCACCCCACUUUUGCAUUUGUAAGAGAAAGCACGGCUUCAUCAAAUCCUGAAAAGUCCAAACUCAUCCAGAGUUUCAAGAGCUCUGGAGUAACAUUGAUCUAUGGAGAUAUCCAUGAUCACGAGAGCCUGGUGAAGGCGAUCAAGCAAGUGGAUGUUGUGAUCUCUACAGUUGCAGGACUGCAGUUGCCUGAUCAAGUCAAGAUUAUUGCUGCAAUUAAAGAAGCUGGAAAUGUGAAGAGAUUCCUCCCAUCGGAAUUUGGCACAGACGUUGAUAGGGUCCAUCCAGUGGAACCUGCUGCAAGCAAUUUCGGGCUCAAGGCAAAGAUCCGGAGAGCCAUUGAGGCUGAGGAGAUCCCUUACACUUACGUUGUCUCCAAUGGCUUCGCUGGAUACUUCUUGCCUAGUUUAGGACAGCCAAAUGCUCAAGUUCCUCCUAGAGACAAGGUUGUCAUCUUGGGAGAUGGAAAUACUAAAGCAAUUAUCGUUGCAGAGGAAGAUGUAGCAACUUAUACUAUAAAGGCAGUGGAUGACCCAAGAACCUUGAACAAGAUCUUGUAUAUGAGACCUUCUGCUAAUAUUUUAUCGUUCAAUGAGAUCGUUGCCCUGUGGGAGAAGAAGAUUGCGAAGACCCUGGAAAAGAUCUAUGUUCCAGAGUCCCAACUGCUCAAGAACAUUGAAGAUGCUUCUCCUCCCAUGAAUUUAAUUUUGGCCGUCUGCCACUCUGCAUUAGUGAAGGGAGAUGCUACAAACUUUGAGAUAGAAGCCUCCUUUGGGGUGGAGGCUUCACAGCUUUAUCCUGAGGUUAAAUAUAUUACAGUUGAUCAGUUCCUUGAUAAGUUAGCAUAAGAUUUCAUAUUUUCAGUCUGUGUUGUGGAGAACUCUCUUGCAUAUAUUCGAAUGUGUACAUUUAUUAAUAAAUUUAUCAUUUAUUUAAUGUGAAAAUUAAUAAAUUUCCUACU